AUGGGCCGCCGCAGGUGCCGCCGCCAUAGCGAUGAGGUCCCGCCGCUCCCGUUACUCCAGUCAGGACAGCAGUUCCCACCUCACCGACGCCGCAGCCGGGCGGCGAUCUCCGCCUGGUUACCUACGGCGGCCGAGCAGGGAGCGGGACUCGGUGGUCCUCGUGGGUCCCUCACGGGGCCCUUCCCGUGGGACCAUCGAGCUGCCCCUGGUGCUGUGCCUCGCCCUCCCGUCUCAAGCCCGGUGCGCAGCCUUCGGGUCUGCAGCGUGGUGAGGGCCACCGCGGCGAGCAAUAACGUCACAUUCAAGAUUAAAAUUGACAUUCGCCUCGCUCCUGAAAUGUUUCCUGUGUUAUGGGAAAAGUUAUGUUUCAUAUGGUCAAUACCGGAAAGAAAAAUCAGUUUGUACUCGGAGCUUGGAAGCGAGCUGAUUAUCUUUUUGGCUGACCAAAAGGAACCCUACUUUAAGCCCCGUGUUAAGUUACCAAUGAAAUCUCUCAGUGUUACCAUAACCAGUGUAGUUCCUGGAGAUUAUGAUGGUGAUUCACAAAUGGAUGUCCUCCUGACUACCCGAGCACAAAGUCAUGGCGGAGAUGAACUCUCAGUGUUUAUUUUUUGGGGGCACAACCAAACAUUAGAUCUUAACCAUAAAACUAUGUUAAAUAAGACUUUUCAUGAUGAGCCUCUAGUAAUGGACUUUAAUGGAGACUUGAUUCCUGAUGUCUUUGGUGUCACAAGUGAUUCAAAUAAGCCCCAGAUACUGAUAGGCGGGAACUUAUCAUGGCAUGCUGCGUUGGAUACUCAAAGUAAAAUGUAUAUUCCACACUCUCAUGCCUUUAUAGAUUUAAAUAAUGACUUCACUGCUGAUUUGUUCCUUACUACAUCACCAGAUUCACAAAACGUUCAGUUUGAGACAUGGGUGAAUAAGGAUGGGAACUUCUCCAAAGCUGGAAAAAGUAAGAGAAUGCCUAGUGGUGUGAAAGUUGUUGGACAGUCUGUGUUUGCAGAUUUUGAUGGGGAUGGACAAAGUGAACACUUAUUACCAGUCUGUGAAGAUACGACAUGUCAAAAAAGUGCCAUCUACUUAACUAAGCUAGGAUUGGAUCAGUGGAUUCCAGUCUUGCAAGACUUCAGAAAUAAAGAUACUCUCUGGGGCUUUGUACCAUAUCAAAAUGACAAACCUUCAACAGAAAUUUCAUUUCCAAUUACGCUUCAUAUUGGAGAUUACAAUAUGGAUGGCUACCCAGAUGCUCUUGCUAUACUAAAGAACACAUCUGGAAGCAAUCAGCAAGCGUUUUUACUCGAAAAUGUCCCAUGCAAUAAUGUAAGCUGCAAGAGUGUACGUCGUAUGUUUAAAGUUUUUUGGGAACUCUCGGAUCUAAAUCAAAUCAAAGAUGCAGUGGUAGCAACCUUCUUUGACAUAUACGAAGAUGGAAUCUUGGAUAUCAUUGUGCUAAGCAAAGGCUACUCCAACAAGGACUUUACUAUCCACACAUUAAAAAAUAACUUUGAAGCAGAUGCCUAUUUUGUUAAAGUUAUUGUUCUCAGUGGCCUCUGUUCUAAUGACUGUCCUCGGAAAAUAACACCUUUCGGUGUUAAUCAGCCCGGUCCUUACAUCAUGUACACUACUGUGGAUGCAAAUGGAUACCUGAAAAAUGGGUCAGGUAAGAUAGCCUCAUAA